AUGAUGCUCCAUGCCAUGGAAGUUCCAAGUCAUGCUAGGCACCUCCUCCUGCAACUCAACACCCAGCGCACCAAGGGCUUCCUGUGUGAUGUCAUCAUCGUGGUGCAGAACGCGUUGUUCCGAGCCCACAAGAAUAUUCUGGCCGCCAGCAGCCUCUACCUGAAGUCCCUGGUCGUCCAUGACAACCUCAUCAACCUAGACCACGAGAUGGUGAGUCCCGGGGUGUUCCGGGUCAUUCUAGACUACAUCUACACGGGCCGCCUGACCGAGGGAGAUCCCAGCUCCACAACAGAGCCCAACCUGGGGGCCGUGCUGGCUGCAGCUAGCUAUCUGCAGCUGCUGGACUUAGUGGCGUUGUGUAAGAAGAAGCUGAGGAGAAAUGGGAAGUACCCUGUUCGCCCCAUUCCUGCCUUUCUGCCCUAUGGGAAGAUGGGCCCCAGUAGUUUGGGUUUAGGGGGAGUGGGCAGGUAUCGGGUGUCCACCCGUGUUAUUCAGUCCUGCUAUCCAGGGGGAGUUGUGAACACCCACACGCCCCGUGCCCCACCACUAGAGGAGCUGCCGCCCCACCCCCAUGCCAGCCAUGCAGGGGAGCUGUAUGCCCCAACCUCUCAGGUUCCUCAGGUGUUCCCCUCCACACCCUCAGCCCUGCCGGCCCAGCCCAGCCUGCGCCCAGCCCACUCUGACAGGAACUGCUCCCCCAUCUAUGGCCUGGACCUCUCCAAGAAGAGCCCCAACUCCCAGUCCCAGAACACGCCCUCCCACCCCCACCUGGCUCACGCCCUGCCCCACAAUGAUGAGGAGCGGGAGGGGGUGCUGAGCGGCCGCACCAGCCCCAUGCUGGAGGCCAACGGCGGGGCCUACCCCACAGAAAAGAUGGAAACGGCUGAUCAGGCUGGGUCUCUCCCCCUUCACUCCUACACCCACCUCAACCAGCCCCUGGGGCCCCACCUGCCCCACCUCCACCGCUCCAGCUCCCAAGGUCCAGACCAUUACCCCUGCCCUCCCAGCCCCGACACCCCCACAGAGGCUGGAGAGCCCGGCAGGGAGAUGGGCAACAUCUACCGCUGGGUGAAGCAUGAGCCACUGUCAUACACAGCUGAGGAUGAAGAGGAUGAGGAGGAUGAGGAGGAAGGGGGUCAAAACGGAGAUCAAGACCACCAGCAUCACAACCACCAUCACAAGGCAGGGGAGGAGAGCGAUGAUCGCUACCGUAGGGUGGGGUGUGACGGGGAGGAUGAGAAGAGUGGGUCAGGCAGUGAGGAGACAGGCAGUAGUGAGGGUCGCCCAUCACCCACAGGGGCCAUGGGGAGGUUCCACCUGCCCUACGAGCCUGAGAGCUUUGGGGACAACCUGUACGUGUGCAUCCCCUGUGACAAGGGCUUCCCCAGCUCUGAGCAGCUCAACGCCCACGUGGAGACCCACACAGAGGAGGAGCUGUACUCUGGAGGGGAGAUGGGUAGCAGCAACAGCAACCCCAAAAACAACAGCAGCAACACCAACGGUAACGGCAGCCUGAACAGCAACAGCAGCCUGGGCAGCCUGUCCUACCUGGAGGGGAAGUCCAGCCAGAGCCUGACAUCUGGGGUCCUGGGGGAGAUCAUCAGACCCUAUCGCUGCAACUCCUGUGAGAAGUCCUACAAGGACCCGGCCACGCUGCGCCAGCACGAGAAGACCCACUGGCUGACAAGGCCCUACCCCUGCAGCAUCUGUGGCAAGAAGUUCACCCAGCGCGGCACCAUGACCCGCCACAUGCGCAGUCACCUGGGACUCAAGCCCUUUGCCUGUGACCACUGCGGCAUGCGCUUCACCCGCCAGUACCGCCUCACCGAGCACAUGCGCAUCCACUCCGGGGAGAAGCCCUACGAGUGUCAGGUGUGCGGGGGCAAGUUCGCCCAGCAGCGCAACCUCAUCAGCCACAUGAAGAUGCACAGCAGUGGUGGGACCGGAGGGGCGCUGACGGCCGACGGCAAGCUGAAGCUAGACUUUGCGGAGGGGAUCUACCCCCUGAGUAAAUACGCAGCAGAGCACCUGGGGCUGAAGCAGGAGAAGGCCUCUGAGCUGCUGGCAGAGCAUGCCAUGGAGAGCCUGUUCCCGCUGUCCAAACUGGCAGCAGAACACCUGCGCCUCAGCCACCAUGACAAGAUGGAUGUCCUGGGGGUCCAGGCCCUGCCCCCUCCCCAGGGGUCCCUCUCUGACUCCCACUCCCGUACCAUUGACCGCUACUCCCCCAGCUAA